CACAUAGUGCCAAAAUGAUUUGAAACAUACUGGAAGUUGCAAAUAGCACGGCCCAUGCAAAGUAAACCAGGAUAUUUUGACUUGAUACUCCGAUGAUUUGGGGAUAUUUAGACAUAGUAAUUCACUAUCAUCUGAUGGAUGUAUAACUCCUUCUAGGAUAACAACAGGAAAAUGGGCAUCAUGUUAAUCGUUUAUUUGGGAUUGGUAUUACUUUGCGGUUAUCAUGGUUACCCAUUUGGAGCACCUGAAUCUGCUUGUGACAACAUGACACCCGUGCAUGGAGCUCCUUCACAAACUACGUCAUCACCUUACGUCAUUACAAUGUCAUCUUCUAGUUUGACUACAGGAAAUAAUUUUUCAAUCACUAUUUCAUCUAAAGAUGGAAAGACGACCUUCAAAGGUUUCCUGUUGAAGGUUUUUACAAACUUACAAGCUCCUAUACCAUUCACAGGAGGAGAGUUUGAAGUACCUGAUAAUGCUCAAAGGCGCUGUGAUGGAGGUGUAACUCAUACUGACCAUAACCCAAAGCUGCUUAUCAAUUUUCCCUGGAAUCCAACAAAACGUUUUAAAGGAAUCGUAAAAUUCAGGGCUACAGUUGUCCAGUCCCUCAAAGUCCUAUGGACAAAUAUUGAGUCUGAGUCUCUGAGUGUUGACUACAUUCCUCCAUCUACAGUUCCUAGCACUGAUAUUACCACGCCAAUUCCAAUUUCAAGCACGACAGGGACGCCUUCUGACUAUCCCCGCUGUAGCAAAGGUUUCGGUUGCUUUAAAACAUGCCCCAGAGAGUCAUGUGACACUAUUGUCCAAUGGAAAAGACGAGGAAAAGUUGUUGAUUUCAGUGUUAUUUAUCGCCUACGAAAUCAAAACGACAAAUGGGUUGCCAUUGGAAUUUCACCAACUGGCAAAAUGCCGAAUACAAACGUUGUGAUGUGUAUUCUUUCCAAUAAUGAAGUACAUGUUUUGGAGGGCAUAAAUGAAGGUUACAGUUUCUCAGUACUUCCAAACACUUCCCUUGGGUUGAUCAACAUAACUACCUCUGUUAUUGGUCAGAUUUUGAACUGCUCUUUUUCACGUCAAAUUAAUGUCACUGGGGAUUUUGGCAAUGUGUACAGUUUGAUGAAAAAAUAUUUUAUAAUACUCGGAAACGGACCAGUUACUUUGGGAAACCCCAGGAGACAUGCGAGAACUCCUGUUGUCAGCGAUGAAAGAGUCGACUUUUUGUUAAACCAGACUAUUGGCUUUAAGGAAGAUUCCAUGCUUCUCUACAAAUUACAUGGUAGUUUGAUGAUAUUUGCUUGGAUAUUUCUGUCCAGUAUUGGCAUUAUAACCGCCCGUUAUUACAAGACAGAGCGGAGGGAUAUGAUGCUAUGUGGAGACCAAGUCUGGUUUGCUAUACACAGAACUGCAAUGACACUCGCAUUUAUCAUUACUACUGUGGCAUUUGUUAUAAUCUUCAUGCAAGUUGGUACACUUCUGCAGGUAACAGAUUGCGGUAUCUAUUUGAAGUACCACCCUAUUCUAGGAAUCACUGUCAUGGCCUUGACUGUUGUUAACCCGACGAUUGCUCUCUUUCGCUGCAGUCCUGAUCACAAAUACCGACACGUCUUUUAUUAUUCUCAUAAGUUUAUUGGAAUCUCUGCACAAAUCAUGGCAGCCAUAACGAUAUAUUUUGGUGUCAAUCUGGAAAAGUCGAACACGCCUGUGGGGACAUCAAGUGUCGUCAUAGGUUACGUCAUAACUUACAUCAUCGUUGAAGUUUUAUUAGAAAGUGAAAGCUACUUCAGUGAUAUGAAAGGUGAUGAUCCAGAGAGACAAAGUCUUCUCCAAUCGAAGGGGAAAGAAUAUCAUUCAUUUAAUCUUCAAUCGAAAGUUAACAGUUUCAAAUUAUCAAUCCUGAUGCUUCAUAUUCUGUGUAUGUCAAUGUACUGUUUGACUUUGAUUUAUCUUGUGAUAACGGCACCACUAUUUAAAGCGUAAUGUGAUAUGAAAGAGAAAAAAGUAUAAAUUCUGUAUUUUUACAUCAUUUUCUGAUAAAAUUAGAAAUAAAUUUAUUUCAUUAA